AUGGCACGGCCUCACGAAGCCACGAUGGGUCUCCCUGGUGAGGUUCGCAAAGUCGAGCUGGAAUUGAAGAUGGUCGCAGACAUAGGCCUCAUAGGCAUGCCCAAUGCUGGCAAGUCCACCCUGCUUGGGUCUGUUAGUCGGGCUUGUCCCAAGAUCGCACCGUAUCCUUUUACCACCGUUGCUCCCUACGUUGGCAAAGUGCAUUUCCUGGAUGGCUCCUCCAUGACCAUUGCUGAUGUUCCCGGCUUGGUGGAGGGAGCUCACACUGGUGAGGGUUUGGGGCACGAGUUUCUACGACACCUGGAGAGGACCAAAGUGUUACUCUAUGUUGUGGACUGUGCGAGAUCCUCGGAUCCUUUUUUGGACUUCCUCAGUCUGCAGCGGGAAGUGGAAGCCUUCUCCAGAGUCAUGGCCUACAAGCCAUGCGCUAUUGUUGCCACGAAAUGCGACGUGGAUCCACAGCAGACGUUGCCCAAAGUUGAUGACAACUUGUACCGAUUGCUUCGAGACGCGGAAGCCCUUGGUCAGAACUCGCCGUUGUUUGUACGGGCCAUCUCCGCGCGUUUCGGGGAGGGGGUGAAGGGUCUUCUCAAGGACUUUGCCAUGCACGUGUCCAGCCUUGUGGAGACCCUGCAAUUCCUGCAUGGUCUGCCUCAACACUUCGGUGCGGAGGACUGCAAGGGUGCAUUGUUAGACGGCCUUCCUGUCGAACAGGGCAAGGCAGAUCCUGAAGGAGUUGAGUACACGCGACACACAAACAAAGAGGUGCAGGCGAGUCCGCUGUGCAUGUUCAUCGUGCUGAAGCCGUUGUGCCUUGGCAUAGCCCUGCAUGGGCAGGCAAAGCAGGUGGACCUGAUCAAACCCCUUGCUGAAAAAGCGGAGGCUGCAACCGAGGAGCUGGAGGCUCACACCGUGCUGCGUCUCAAGUGGGAGGCGGAAGCUGAGCGUCGUGCUCGCACCGAUGAGCCCAAGUUGGACGAGAAUGGCGAGGAGGUUCCCCCGGAGCCCCGACCCAAAGGCCCCGACGAGGAAAAGCUGGAGGGCUUGGGCUUCGCCAAGGGUGCCAAAAUGCACGACCUGGAGCAGGCCCUCCCGCUGGCUUCUCACGUUUGGCUGUCGGAGCAAAGUCUGCGACAGGAGAUGAGGGGUAAUGACGGCAUCAAGGGUGCUUUUGAGUUCCUCGAGCGGUCGCUGGCGCUACGACUCCGCUAUCGCCACUUUUUGCGGCCGCCGCUUGUGGAUGUUGAUGUGCUGGUCAACAGUGAGCCGGAGCCAGAAAAGGUCAGGCUCCCCGAGCUGUACGAGCUCUUGUCUGGUGACAUAAACCAGUUCUCACCGCAGAACCAACCAGGAGCCACAGCUGAUGUAGAUGAGUCAGGAAGCCUCACUCGGAAGCGAGGCAAGCACGUCUACAUCAUGGGUCAGCGCUUUGAUGCAUGGGAAAACUGGACUGCGGAGUAUCCGGUGCCCAUCCGUCGACUCUGCGAUUUCAGAGUUGCCUUUAUGUCCAGCGCGCCGGCGGAGAACAGAGCAGCUCCCGCCAAUGCGCCGGGGAGUCAGUUUGGCCACGCUGCACCUGCGCAGUCUAAGCUACCCUGUAAACGGUUCCUAGGGCUGCAGACUCUGACUACAGAAUGCUUUCAGGAUUGGGAUUCAUGA